AUGGUGAUUGAGGAAUGGAAAAAAUGUGGCAUUGCCACAAAAUUUCCCACCUAUCGGAAUUCGAAAUUUGUCACGGUGGAUAGUUGGUUGAAUGGCAAACGUCAGGAUGAUGAAGCCGAAGGUCUGUGGCGCAUCAAUGAUGUUAUUUAUGAUUUUACCGAUUUCAUUGAUAAACAUCCGGGUGGUUCAUUUUGGAUAAGAGAAACUCGUGGUACGGAUAUAACGGAGGCAUUUGAGGCACAUCAUUUGACCACAGCUCCCAGUAAAAUGAUUGAAAAAUAUAAAGUUCGUGAUGCUAACAAGCCGAGGAUUUAUACUCUGACAAUGCAUGAGAAUGGGUUUUAUAAAACCCUAAAACGGCGGGUCAUGGAGAAAUUGAAAACCAUUGAUAAUGCACCGAAGGAGAGGAGUGAU